UCUAAAGAAAAAGAAAAGAUGGCUCCUUUCGGCAAGAGAAUGACAAAUGCAUGUCAAGUGGCACAAAAUGAUAAUAUAAUAUCAAAAGCUGCAUUGGCCCAACGGGCACGGCGAGAGCGUGAAAAAAUUGAAUUUCAAUGCUUGCAACGAGAGCAAGAGGGAUUAGAAGAAUGUGUUCAAAUAAGACAACGUUCUUUAACACCAAUUCGUCGCGAUCGCACUCACUUGGAGUGGGAAACAAUAACUGAAGAUUCUCAGUCGGCACAAAAACGAACAAUGGUUACCUAUCAUCAGACAUGUUCGUUUUCUAUGCCAAGCACAUCUUCAAAUUCACAAAGGAAUCGGUCUACUCCUAUAAAUCGAUUUUUUCAACAAGAUCUAUGUACUGAUGAUGAAUUAGAAGAUUUGCCUACGAGUAUAUCAAUUGAGGCCCGGGCACACAAAGAUUCUUGCCGCCAUUAUCUUGGCAAGAUGGAUGUAUUAUGUCCUUAUUGUUCAGCCUUACAUUGGAUGGAUGAAAAAUUGACAAAAUCAUCUAUAAAGAGUCCCUUAUUCGGAACUUGCUGUUUGGAAGGGAAGAUUAGGCUACCUUUACUUAUUACACCCCCUCCACCACUUCAGGCAUUGUAUGAUGGGAAUAAUGAUCAAUCAAAAUCCUUUCGAAGUUAUACUCGAGUGUACAAUGCAGCCAAUGCUUUUACAAGAAAAACCAAUGCUUUUACGAGUCUUGGUGCUACAUUGGAUCCUAGAGUACUUAGUGGAAGGGGCCCUACAUCAUUCACAAUUCAUGGGGAAUUGCGACAUCGAACAGGAUCACUACAACCACAACCAGGGCAGGAUGCGAGUUAUGCUCAGCUGUAUAUCUAUGACCCUUAUUCAGCUCUAGAAAUUCGUAAUCGUAGAAAUCCUAACUUGAGAAGGGAUGUUCUCAAAACUAUUCAGGAUAGUUUGUUGCAAGUCAAUGCAUUUGUAGAUAAAUUUCGCUAG